CUGGACCACUUCUGUGGGGUCAUGAUAUCUCUGUAUAAUUUAAAAAAAAAUAGUUAUAAUUAAAAAAGAAAAAAAAAAUAGAUAGUGACCUUAAGAGACAUGCUUUUGAUCACAACUUUCUGUUCAACUGACUCAUCAAUAGCCAGUCCUCUAAAAGCUAUAUAGAGGACUGAACUUUUGGCCUGGAGCGGAGGAGUCUCAUCGUCAGUUUCUAUAGCACCUUCACAAGCUCCAGACUGGAGACUUUCUCCUGCAAAAAAAGAAAAGGGGAUACUUAUGAAACGAAUCAUUAUAGUGCAAAAAAAAAAGAAAAAAAAAAGACUUGCCUAUGAAAAGUUCCCAUAGUUCCCAUUUUCAAUGCAAAGAACAAGCAUGAGGUGGGACGUGCUUGUUCUUCCAGGAUAGGCCGGCACGAGGUGGGACGUCCAUAAAUGGCUAUAGGUCUUACGUCUAGGUUGAUUGGAGUCAGUUUGCUCUGGUUGUGUUUGUCGAGUCAGACUAUUCUAUUAAUGAGUGUUGUGUAGGAAUGACUGAGUUCAUUGUAUUAAUUGACAGCUAGGUUGCUAGAAAUGAUGUUAUGAAAUUUUUUAUUAUGCAUUGUUGAUUGUAGUGGCUAGUCAGUCCUGGUUCCCGCAUAGAGUAAUGUAGAGUGUCUUGCGGGCAGGCUGGUCUAGAGUCACUUCACUGAGUAACCCAAUACUCAGACCCUCUCUUUCCAUUCCCUGUGCGCAGGACUGUAAGUAGAAGUAUAUGGAUACGAGUGGAUCGGAAUUUCAAAGAAAGCAAUGCGACCGUCGACUCUUGGGACCAGUAACUGACACAGCGGGUUGCCUAUAAGGGUAUAAGCGUGUCUAUAACUCCCUUUCGAUAACCCCGGUCGGUAUCGAGGGGAAGCGGAUGUUACAAUUGGUAUCAGAGCCUGGUUAAGACCCCUUAGUGCUAUCCUAAGGGGUCGGCAUUUCCAAAGUUUUUCAAAACCUUAUUUUAAAAGAAAAGAGUUUGCGAAAGUUUUGAUGCUUGAGAAAGUUGUGUGAUGUUUUCAAAAACCACCCAUUAUAUCUAUACUUCUAUUAUGGUUCUUGUCGGAUCUUUACUUGCAUGAUGUCUUCGCCAGCCAGUGGUGACCAUGGUGACAGCCGUGAGCGUAGUGGACCAGAAAAGCCGGCCCAGAUCGACCCCUGGACUCCGCGCAGCGUAGCAGGAAGAAUGGUACCUCGGUGGGGACCUCCAAUGCGGACGUUCGAGCGCCGGACUAUGCAGUGUGAAUGGGUGGAGGAUCUGAUGCGUGGGGAUAUUCGGUAUGCUCGAGCAUCGACUGAGUACCAGUCGGGAGAAAUUUCGGGUAAGCGAGGACGGGGUCGGUCAAGGAAAGAAAAACCAGUGUCAGAUAUGGAGUGGGUUUCUGAGCCGCUUGUUGAAGAGCCUUCUAAGAAGAAGCGGGGACAUCCGCGCAAGUUUUCAGCCCCGAGGAGAGACGCCUUCGUAGAAAGUCAGGAACCUGGUAGUUGUGAUGUACCAGUCCAGACGGAAAAGAAACCACGAACUGUAAGAGAUUACCUGAAGGAGUUCAUGGAUACGGCCAAGAAGUGCAAGUCGAAGCCAGCCGAGGAGUGGUGCCAGUUGUUCAUGACAGGGCUCCGCAAGGACAUUCAGGACGAGCUUGAGGGUGCCAUGGCCCCGUUGGAAUUUGCACUAGUAAAAAUGGUAGCAGGGCAAGCAAUAGCCGCAGAGGAGUGCUUCGCAAAGAUGGGCAAAGAGGACCAAGAUGCACGCUUCUUCGAGUCAGAUGAGGACGCGGAGACGGACGACGACCCGGUGCCUGCAGCUAGGAGUGCCAGUGCGGUUGGUCCUGGAUCCGAGGCCGACCGUGCUUCUCCACAUCAUGGUGGCUAGCUGAGGCCAUUUGAUCAUUUCGUAGGAGUAGGACUCGCGCUUUUGUUUGAUUGAGUUAUUUAUUAUUGUUGGCUUUGGUGUUUUCCAUUUCUAUGGGCAUUCUGUGUUUGUACAGAUGUCUUGAGCUUUUCUAAACGAUUGUAGUCCUACUCCAUUCUAUUUAUCAAAUUCGUUUGUUGGUUUUAAAGACCCUGAGCAAAGUGUUAGUGACUGGUUUGUUUCCUGGGGGUGAUGUGUGAUUAUGUGGGUGUAUUUCCGAUCCGGACGAAUGAGUUUAAGCCGGGAAUUCGACCAGUCAUGGGGAACAAGGUGUUACCUUUAGUGUUCUGACAUAGAUUCUGAGUUGAAGCAUGUUAGUCGAGGACGAUUUUAUUAGUGAAUCUGUAUGGAGUUGACACAAAAGUUAUAUGUACCAUAUGGAAAUGGGAUCGUCAAGACGGACAGACAGACCUGAGUAGCAAGCUUAUGUGCUGCAAUAGGAAGAAGGUGGAGGGUACAUAUACUGCUGAUGAAUGCUUGCGCAAUCUUACAACCUAUUGGACUUCUGGAGGUACUUGUACAAGGAAAGUAAGAUAGAUCGUUUAAGAACCUUUUAUGCUUGAUCGAAGUGGGGGAGAACUAAGGACAAAGCAAAGAAGAUCUAUGGAACCUCGAAGCAAGUAAUACCGUCUGAAGUGACCUGGGAAUAGUAUAAAGCCGCAACGAGAUAGUACCGAGGGAUAUCCUGGAUUGCAGAAACCGUUGGAAGACGACGAUGCUUAGUUGACCGCUUGGAUAAGGGAUGUUAAGAAAUGGAGACCCGCACGCGGAAUUCGGGGACGAAUUCCAUUUAAGUGGGGGAGUUUGUAACAUCCCUAUUCCGGGCUUGAUUUUUUUUUAAAGAGAGUAUGGGCUUCUCUACGGCCCGUUUGUGAAAAACCUAGGGUUCUCUGCAGUUCCCUAUAAAUAGAACUGCAGCCCCCUUCUCUUCUCCCCAUCAGAAACAGAAGCGAAGCUCUGCAGAGAUUCCCGGAGACUGGAAGCCCUAGCCGUCAAGCUCUCUCCCCUGCGCCGCCGUCUCUCUCUUCUCUCCUUUCUCUCUCCUUCCGCGUGAUCUCUCUCUCCCUCUCCUCGCGAUCUCUCCUCUCUCUAACCUCGGCGCCUUCUCUCUCUCUCCUUGCCGGCGUCGGAUUGGUGGUGGUGGUGGUGAAAGCCGUGUGGCGUGGUGGUGUGGUGGUGAUCAGAUCAGAAUCCGUUUUCCCCUUUGUCUCUUGUUCCAGAUUCAGAUCUAGGUUAAGGUGAGGUGAUCCGAACCCAGUCUCUUUCAAGUUCUUUAUAUUAUCCUUGGUUGAUCUAGAUCUGGUCAGUCAUUGUUUGUGAGUUAAGUUGGUAGAUCAUGUUGGAUACUAGGUUGUUAGGUGCAUGAAUCAUGCUGCAUAAGAACCUUCACACUGUUUAAAAGGGACAUUAAUGGACUGUCUUGUGUUAAUGUGGUUAUUGUUUGUGAUGUUUGAGUGUAUGCUUGCUUGGUCCCAUGUGGUGGUAGAGAAUUCCUUAGCAUCAUGUUUAGUGAUUGUUCAUAUUACUCUUGUGCUAAGUGACUUGUGUGGGACACCGAGAACGGGUGGCGUCUUGAGUAUGAGUAAAAGUCUAAGUGCAAGUGGUUUGAGUAUGUGAAAGUGGAAGUAAAAGUAUGAGUUAAAGAAUGUGAAUGUGAAAGUGGAAGUGUCAAUGAACCUUGUUUGUAGUCCUGCUUGGACAACCAAGAACGGGUGUGCGUCUAGAGUCUAGGACCCGUGGGACAGUAGCCUAACAAGAGGUACCCACGGGAAGUGUUGUGAUGUGAAAGAUACCGCGCGAGGGCGGGAUACAAAUAAGAAAAAGUGUAGGCGCCAUAGGAUCGAGUCAAGCCGAAAAAUGGCUGUGUCUGGCUAUGAAUGACCGGGGGCAGACAGAGCCAGUGGGCCAACGUGCUGCAAUCCGGGUAGCCUUUUGGAUGCUGGAGAGGGGGACGGAUUUCCCGAGAGAGGGCGCCCCUUCCAUGAUAGGCCGGCACGAGGUGGGACGUCCGUAAAUGGCUAUAGGUCCUACGUCUAGGUUGAUUGGAGUCAGUUUGCUCUGGUUGUGUUUGUCGAGUGAGACUAUUCUAUUAAUGAGUGUUGUGUAGGAAUGACUGAGUUCGUUGUAUUAAUUGACAGCUAGGUUGCUAGAAAUGAUGUUGUUAUGAAAUGUUUUAUUAUGCAUUGUUGAUUGUAGUAGCUAGUCAGUUCUGGUUCUCGCAUAGAGUAAUGUAGAGUGUCUUACGGACAGGCUGGUCUAGAGUCACUUCACUGAGUAACCCAAUACUCGGACCCUCCCUUUCCAUUCCCUGUGCGCAGGACUGUAAGUAGAAGUAUAUGGAUACGGGUGGAUCGGAAUUUCAAAGAAAGCAAUGCGACCGUCGACUCUUGGGACCAGUAACUGACACGGCGGGUUGCCUAUAAAAGUAUAAUCGUGUCUAUAACUCCCUUUCGAUAACCCCGGUCGGUAUCGGGGGAAAGCGGAUGUUACACCAGUAGUCAUCCAAAGACGCCAUUAUCUCAAAAAUUCUGGAAUCAAUGGAAGCGGCUGUAGAGAUAAUGCGCUUUUGUCUAGUUCCGGAAGCCGGAAGGAAGGGCUCCGAGGGUAUUUUCGACUUUCAAAGCAAACAGCUUCGGAUCUUAUAGUCACACGUAUGAAGGAUGAACCAACACCAUUGAUCCCUCGACACGUGUUUUCCGAUCGUUGUAAUGACCACAAAAGGCACGCGUGCGUCGUCGUCGCAUAUCUCUGAGACUUAAUUACCGUAUCUAUUAUAUUAAAACAGAAGUCACAACUUCAUUUCAUAUGUGAUUUUUUAAGUUAGACCAUUUUUAAUUUUUUUAUUAAAUGUAAUUUAAUAAAAAUAAUAAUGUAAAGAAUCUUUAAACUACUAUAAUCAUGAUAUCUUUUGAUAUCAUAAUAUUUUUUGAUA